AAUAGAUGAGGGUGUGUUUUGUGAUUGGACGAUCCAAGCGAGGCUGCCGUUUAGCCUGUAGAAAGCCGGGCUCUCUGUCCCUGGUGUCGGGGUUUAAGAUGGCGGGGCGUGCAAUGUUGUUAAGCCGGGUCGCGUGGGGCAAUUCCUCUGUUAUCUGGCAGAAUCUUGCAAAAAACCAAGUGGAGUCAGCCACCUGGAGAACAUGGGUUAGACAAAAAGUCACAAAACCAAGAAUUCCUGAAUACGUAUUUGAGCCACAGCCUGGGGACCAUGAAAAAUAUGGGGGUGAUCCACAACAGCCUCAUAAACUGCAUGUUGUUACCAGGAUCAAAAGUGGGAAAGGGCGUCCUUAUUGGGAAAAGGAUUUGAUCAAAACUCUUGGAAUAGAAAAGAGACAUGAGCCCACAGUGCACAAAAACAUCCCUUCUGUGAAUUCAAAACUGAAAGUCAUUAAACAUCUAAUAAGAAUAAAACCACUAAAGCUACCCCAUGGAAUUCCAACUGAAGAGGAAAUGUCUGAUACCUACAUUAACACCAGCACCGGUGAACUAAUAAUUCGCCGUCACCUAAAACCAGCGGAACAGAAAACAAUUGAUUCUUCAUAAGAUAAACAGCUACAAGAAGUGUCCUUGAUUGGAAUUCACUCUUCACAGGCAUUUGAUUCAACUCUGGCCUAGAAACCAAUGAAUGAUCUUAUCUGUAACCUUUUCAUCUGAAACUUCAUGCUGGUAUUUUUCUGCUGUACUAACUAGCUGUCCCCUGUUCCUCGGGCAUAAGGCUUGGUAAAAAGAUUUAUAUCUACAUGAAAAGGGUAAAUUAUGUGUCCGAGUUGUAGUAACAGUACAUCAAAAGAAGGAAUAAUAGGUUAUACUAGCUUAUCCCAUGCAGAGCAUCUGUGCUCUAGGACGUUAUUGUUCACUCACCCCCUCCAGCCAGUCUCCUCUCAGACAUGGAGCAAUGGCAUCUGUCACUGAGUCUCCUCACGAGGAGGAUGGCCAAGCCGGGGCUUCCCUUCCAGCCUGCACAGAUGGCUCUCAGUGCACUCUUAUGCCCCGGCUCAGUCGUCCUCCUCACAAGGAGACUCAGCGGUGACAGAUCCCAUUGCUCAAUGUCUCUUCCUUGACCUCUCUCCCUCCUCGGCCACAGCUGCCCUUCCAGCAACUCUCUCUCACCGGAACAUUUGCGAGAGCUGUCACGCAUGGGAUCAGCCACAGGUAUGCCUUAGAGGAAGAUAUAUAGAGAAGAUAGAUGUGCCAGUUUUCUGUUAGAAGAGACUGGAAUGCUAAUUUAUUUCUCCAAGUUAUUUUGUUGAUGAGAAAUCUUAUUAUAGGUUCUAAACAGCACCUGAACCUUUUCAGCACCUGAACCUGAUUCUUAGGUAACUUUUAAAUAUGGCUGUUAAGACUACAGUCAAUCAUUUUUCAUAUUAACUUCUUUGUAAUCCUAUUUUUAUGCCAUAAUCUUUAGCAGCAGUGGUUUUUUAGUAGUACUCUUUCAAGUUCUUAUCUUGAAUAUUGUAAAUGCAGCACCCUAGUGAACCCAAACUCAUAUAGUGAUAUAUUCUCUAAAACUGGAGCUUUGCACACCCUGCAGUUUCCUCGCCAAGCUAAAGGCUAUUCUAAAUACAGAAGGUGUGAAAAGUCAUCUAAUCAGAGACAUUCUGCAACAAUGUAAUUAAAGACAAGAUACAAACGGGGACAUAGUUAUAAUUGAACAAGGGGGAACAAAUGUCCCUGGACCCAUGUGGGUGCGGGCAUUCAGCUGAACAGCAGCUUGCUCUUGGUUCUUUCCUCCCUUUUCUCUGAAGAAAAGGUGGAGAGUGAAAGGCAUCAGUUCUACUUGAGGCUCCCCAGGUCAGUUCUGGAUGUGCGGAAAUGUUUGGUGAAAGUCUUUCUAGUGAACCGUGUACAGUUUUUAUGUUUGUAUUUUAUAUAUUUUAAAUCAGAUUUGUUGUCCUAUUUUUAGCUUAAUACAUUUAACUGUCAUUUUAAUUAUGCUUUUUAAUUUUUGUAAACUGGCUUGGGAUUGUUUUUAAUGACAGGUGGUAUAUAAAUUCAACAAUAAAAUGAAUAAACAAACUUCUGAGGUACCUGUUACCUAAUGUAACCAUC